UAGUAGAGCGUAGCGGAGUUCUGACUGUAGGUUGACGUUACAGAGGUCUGUGUGCGGACCCCGGUCAAAACCGACACCUGCGGGGGCCGUGUGGACUUUUAGGGGGAACCCAAGGCGGGUCAGACGAACAUGGGGAACGCAGAGAGUGGCUGUGGCGGAGGGAGCGGCGACGAGGAGGACAUGGAGACGGAGAGUCCCGGUUUCGCGGAAGACAACCUGGCCUCUGCGGCCAUUGGCGGUGCUGUCGGAGGCAGCGGAGGAACCGGGUCUGGGCGAAGCGGAAGGGGAUCGAAUAACCCACCCGCGGCCACCGAGGGACCACCGAGCCCCGCGUUCCUUUUGGAGCAAGUGAAACUCAGAGAAGCGGCCGCCCGUGUCAGCGACUCGGGGGUCGCCAUUCACGAGUCCGUCCUGUCCGGUAACGAGGGCGUCCUGAUCCGGUGGCUGGAGGACCGGCUGAACCGCGGCGAGGAGUCCGUCAAUGUGGAGCAGUUCUGCGAAAUGUUGGAGAGCAGAGACGCUCCCAGAAAUGAAUGUGAAGAGGCGUUUGGACAGUUUGAUGCAGAGGGGGAUGGAGUAGUGGACAUAGAGAGCAUGCUGAUUGCUCUUAAGAACUCCAAUGGAGCUAAUCUACAGGGAGAAUUGAGUCAUGUGAUAAGACAGCUCCAGGCGUGCUCCCUCACACCAGGUUUCGUCGACAUCUUCUCAAAGAGCAAAGACAGAUUAGGAGCUCACGCCUCUAAGAUCCUUAAGUUCCUCCACAGGAAUCGUAUUCCCAGCAGUGCCAUCCCUUUCCCGAUUUUAGAGGGCUACAACAGCAUCUGCACCAUGAGGUCCAGCGUGGUUCAAGACUUCCUGGAAUUUCUCCUGCAGAAGGAGAAAGAUUUAGAUAUCCAGUACAGAGCAGAGCUGGACCGCGACCCAGACGUAGAUAAAGUCAAGGUGGUCACACAGUGCUACAGCACGAUAGAAGCAUCCUCCAACGUCUCCGAGAUCUACAAGAUGACAAACGGGGAAACGUCAACUUUCUGGCAGUCGGACGGCAGCGCCCGCUCACACUGGAUCAGACUGAAGCUGAAACCAGAUGUGGUUUUGAGACGUCUGGCCAUCGCCGUGGCUUCCAACGACCACAGCUACAUGCCUCAGCUGGUCUCGGUGUCUGUGGGGAAGACGCGGCUUUCCCUGCAGGAGAUCAGAGACAUCCGCAUCCCCAGCAACGUCACAGGCUACGUGGCUCUGCUGGAGAACGCCAACAUCACCCACCCCUAUGUCCAAAUAAACAUCAAGCGGUGCCUGAGCGACGGAUGCGACACGCGCAUCCAUGGACUGAAGACACUGGGUUAUCAGAUCACCAAGAGUAAAGAGGUGUCUGUCUCGGAUGCUUCGGCCAUUUGGUACCUGUCUCUGCUCACGUCCCUGGUCACCGCGUCGAUGGAGACGAACCCAGCUCUGGCUCACACGGUCCUCCAAAGCACACAGAAAGCCUUGCAGCACAUGCCGCCGCUGUCGCUAACGCCAUCGUCCACAGAGUUCCCCAAGUUCUUCUCCCUAAACAUCCUGGAGGAAGUGGACGGCUUUCUCCUCAGGAUCGCAAACUGUUGUGUGAGCCCUGAUGCGGAAAUGACUCUCUUGGCCUUUGCCCUGGCCAGAGGCAGCGUGGCCAAAAUACUCCAGGCCCUGUCCUGCAUCAGUGAUUGUCUGCAGACCAAGUACAAGGCCUCCUCCCUCAUCGUCUCCAUGGCAUCUGUUAGGCUGCGAUUGCUUUAUCGUAAUGGAAAGCCUCUCCAGCUCCACCUGCAGGCCUGUGACGUCAAGAGCAAAGAGGAAAAGUCAGGACCGGAGAACAUGCUCACAGAGUUUUCCACUGGAGAUGGUUUCCUCACAGAAAGCGGCAGGAAGAAAGCCAGCGUCAUCCUGUCCACGGAGGACCAGAGCAACUUCCAGGUCACACAGAUGAAGAUCAAAGUGCGAAAAGGAGCGAUCGGAGCUAAAUGUGGCUUGGUGUUUGCAUACAUGGAGGAGGAAUCUUUUGAUGCAGAGAAACAUUUCAAGAGGUUCAAAAAGUACGACUCGUGGAACUACAAGGACUACAAAGAGUUUGUACAGGACAGCGGGAAGAUUUCAGCGCAGAGUGAGGAUGAGCCGAUUGGCUGGUUUGAACUUGAAGAGGACUGGAAUGAUGUGGAAAUCAAGCUGCAGCAGUGUCGCGUUGCCAAGUUCCUGAUGGUGAAGUUCCUCUGCACCAGGCAGGACUCGGCCGAGCGGCUAGGCGUGCAGAAUCUCAGCUUCAGCGGCUACCUGUGUCCUGGAACGGAGAGGCUCGUCGACCUUGAUGACCUCGGAGGACAGGGGGACGGCCUGGACCAAAACGGAGUCACCGGCCUUUGUCUUCUCAAUAAAACCCUUUUCUUCAUACAGCAGCUCACACGAGACAUGGAUGCCUCACACUUCAAGCAAAAGUAUCUUCUGGACUUCAGUGGUCUCAGCCUUAUCCUUUUCUGGAACUUCUACAAUAAACUCAGGGAGAUUGAGGGAGAGGAGGUGUUGAAAAGCAGAGUCCUCCUGCUUCAGUUGAUGCAGAACUGCUUCCCCAUGCUGCCCAACCCGACUGAGCUCCAGGACGCAGAAGAGAGUAAAAGACCAGAAGAAUGUGCCCCUUCAGCAGCUGCAGCAGCUGCAGCAGCAGCAGCAGCAGCAGCAGCUCCGUCUACAUCCAGCAGUGGAGAUUCUGAGAGUAUCUCUGCGAAGGCUGUGUUGGAGCUCUAUACUCACCUUUGCCACAUUGUGGAUGGUCCAGAAGGAGAGACUGUCAUUGAAACCAUUUUGCACAAGGAAGCGGUUAAAGCCAUUCUGAAUGGAGCUGCUGUUUUCUUCCCUGAUAAACUCGACAGGCGGGACAAGCUCUUCCACAUGAUGAAAAAUAUCACUGAAGAUGAUCAGCCAGAGUCGGUGAAGGUGACGUUCGAAUCUCUUUGUAAUUAUUUCAGUAAUCAGGAUCCAAGCGGCCUUCUCCUGCUUCCCCCCAAAGGAGCUCCCUCAGACUUCGACAUCAGCCCCAUACUGGUAGUGAUGGAGACGCUGCUACUCGUCGCAUCAAGAGAGUGCGAGGUGAUGAUGGUGGAUGGGAAGGCCGGAGCCAGCAGGAAGGUGUUGCUGUCUCUGUUCUGGGCUCUGCAGGGCAGCCUGCUUUCCUGGUGCUACCUGCAGCUCAAAGGUGGAACGUCCACACCCACCGCGUGCGAUCUGGCCAGAGACAUCCUUCUAAAAUAUGUGGAUCAGUUCUUGGGAAGCAUCAAGGCAGUGCUGGGCUCCCUGCUUGAGAGGUUCACCAGCAGCGACAUCAACAACAAACUGGGCAGCUCCAUCCUCGCCACCAUCUUCAGACAGCUGAUGAUUUUCCUCUUGGAGCUGUGUUCGUUGGACAUUCCCCACAGCGUGCUGCUGAAGAGCUUCUCCUCGUUGGUCGAGCUCCUCAAAAGACUGUCAAGUGACACAGGAGACAUAUUUUCAAAGGUGGAUCAAGAGAGCUCCCACCAGCCUCAAAAACCAGUGGUGCUCAGAACGUGGAACAUGGAGUCUCCUCACAACUACGAGAACAGCCAACACGAGACCACCGUCUUCGCUUGUCCCGGCGCGACCUCCUUCGAGGUGGAGUUUGACGAACGCUGCGAGACGGAGAAGAGGUACGACUAUCUAGAAUUCACCGACUCCAGAGGUGGGAAGGUGCGCUACGAUAUGAAGGUCGGGAGUGAGAAAUGGCCAAAGAAGGUGACGUUUGACGCUGGACCCCAGCUGCAGUUCCUGUUCCACUCUGACAGCAGCAAUAACGAGUGGGGAUACAAGUUCACGGUGACGGCGCUGGGUCUGCCAGACAUUACCAUUUCCUGGAUGUCGGACCAACAGCUAUUGGUGGCCCGCCUCAUGGGUCGCCUUGCAUCCAGAACCCUGGCACUAAAAUCUCCUUACGAGAUCCGCAGCGUGAAGGAGCUUCCGCCAGGAAAAAUGUCUCACGUUCAGGCUUCACCUUUAUGGAAGCCCAUCCUGCGACACGGUUUGAGUGAAACUCGGGAGGCAAAUCCCACUAGAAAAGCCCCCAACCAGACAAACCCAUCAACUUUCGCUGAGAUCUUGGUCUUCCUUGAGGACUUUGCACGGUGGAACCCUUCGCAGGAACCAUCGGAGCAUAAAGCAGAACUAAUGCGGACCCUGGUGCAGGCUUGCAGAAAGCACUCCCUGAGCAAUGAAAUCGUUGCCGGGGCAAAGACGGACCAAGCUGUGAACGCCAUCUGGGCAGCCAUGGUGUAUCACACCCCGGCCCUCAACCAGGCCCUGAAGGCAUAUGUUAAUCAGGACUGCAAGUCCUUUCUGAGUGAAGAUUUUGUGCAAGUUUACGUCCUGGCUGACAGCAUCAGAACAUGGAUGUUGGAGAUGAAGCAGAGAUACCUCGUUGGAAAAAUGAACAUUUAUGAUGAUAAAGAAGGGAGUCCAGAGGAAGUUACCGUGGAUUCUCUGGCUGAGGCGUGCAUCGAGAAGAGCCUCCUGCUGUUUCGUUUUCCUCCAUGUGGAAAGUCAUGUCUGGGUGCUGGGGACUCAAAUACUCAUCUGCUCCGCUCAAGCUCGAUCUCAGAAGGAGACUUCCAACCCGCCUCCCCGCAGCCGGGAUUACCCAACGAGGCCGUCGACGGCAGGCUUGGACAGAGUCAGCCGUCCGCCUCUCUGCCCCCAAACCCCUCAUCCUCCGAGCAGAGCAGGCGGGGCCACAAGGACCCCGCGGAGAGUCUGCCCGCCCACCCGGCGGGCGGGGAGCCGGCCUCUCCCUCCACGUUCCCCCGUAAAGCUCCGUUCAGCCGCUCGCGCCUUCGCCUCCUGUCCUGUCGCUCCGUGGAGGAAUCCCACAUGACCCCCUCUGUCAAGGAGCGCUACCCAAUACUCAAACACAUCCUGAACUUUAUGAAGGACCAGGCUCUCACCACAGCAAGCAUCUUGCAAACCUUGGCCCUGAACAAGGCGCAGGCUCUGAGUGUGUGCAAGGUGCUGGAGAUGAUUCAGCAGAGUUUACGUUCCCUGGGAGAGCCGCACCUCUUCCAGCCGCACUGCAUCCUGUUCCUGCAGGAGCUUCUGGCCUGCCAGAAAGACUUCACCAGUUACUUCUCCCAGUUGUCAGACGGCGGGCAGAAACUUGGAGAGGAGGUCAGGCGUUCUUACCAUCAGCUGGUCCUCAUGCUGGUGGAGGCAGUUCAGGGCUUCAGCAGUCUCAACGAAAAAGCUCUGCUCCCAGCCCUGUCGUGUGUGCAGAGCUGCUUUUUGCACCUCCUGGACAUGAACUGGGAGGUGCAGGACCUUCCCCUCUUCCAGAGCAUAAAGCUUCCAGUGCUCCUGCUCACGAUGUCGCAGGAGAACAUCAGUGUUCAUGACAUUGCCAUCAGUCAGUGGACGGAGGACGAUGAAAUUGCCGACUACAAGAAGAACCAGGAAUGGAUGGAUGAGUGCAUGGACGGCAUGUUUGAAAAGUGGUACGACAAAAUCGACGAAGAGGAGUCCGUGGAGGACAGGAGGAAGAUGCACAUGUUUAUUGCCCGCUACUGUGACCUGCUGAAUGUGGUGAUUUCCUGCGAUGGCUGUGAGAGGAUGGCUCCAUGGCACCGCUACCGAUGUCUGCAGUGCAUGGAUAUGGACCUAUGCAAGACCUGCUUCCUCAGCGGAGCCAAACCCGAAGGACACGAGGACGAUCACGAGAUGGUGAACAUGGAGUACGCCUGCGAUCACUGCCAGGGCCUCAUUGUUGGCAGCAGGAUCAAUUGCAACGUCUGUGAGGACUUUGACUUGUGCUUUGGUUGCUACAACGCCAAAAAGUAUCCCGACAGCCAUUUACCCACCCAUCGCAUCACUGUGUACCCCAUGGUGACCAUACGGAUCAGUGACCGUCACCGCCUCAUCCAGCCCUACAUCCAUAACUACUCGUGGCUCCUGUUUGCUGCUUUGGCCCUGUACUCCUCUGAGCUGAGCAGUGAGAAACAAACGGAGGGAGAGCGUUUAGACGGCAAAACCCUGGAGCUGGCUUCAGACCUGCAGGCGCACUGCUCCCAGCUUAUCACUGACUGCUUGCUCAAAGGCCAGACUGGCAAAGGCCUCCGCUCCUCCAACCUGCUCGCUCUGCUCUCCUCCAACGAGUCGGCGUCCGAGAGCGAGCUGGGCCCGGCGUCGCCUCAGACCUCUCAGGAGCUCAGCUCGGCCACGGACACCUCAUCGCUUCCAGGCAGCACGGCCGCCGUCUGCUCUCCGCUGUCCCCCAAGAACGAGCUUAAAGACGAAAAGGCAGUGGAGCCGAGUCCUCCUCCCACCGCUCCUCCUGACUUAUCCAUACCCCGAAGCUCUACAGAGGGAGACAAAAAGAAGCUGGUUGCUCAGGACACCCUGGACUCAGGUAGUCUCAGCCAGACCCCCUCCGUCUCCAGCGAGGACCCACUUUCUCCUGUAGUUCGACCUUCAGAGUCGGCACCAGGAACUCUCAACUCCCCAGCAUCUGACUUCGUCAAGGAGACGGACGAGAGGGUGGCGCAGGUCCCGCUGCAGGAGCACGUGUUCUCCGAGUGCUCCAGGGAGAGGAUUCUAGGACUGCUGGCGGCGAUGCUCCCAUCAGCAAAACCAGGCAGCACCCUCAGCCUGUCCAGCCUGAGCUCCAUCCUGCCUCGCCUUUUCAGAGCGGUCAUCUCCAACGCCGGCUCCCUGAACGAGACCUACCACCUCUCCCUCGGGCUCCUGGGCCAGCUGCUGCUCCGGAUCACUCCGGCGGAAGCCGACGGCGCCGUCACCGAGGCGCUGGCGGACAAAUACGAGCUGCUGGUGCAAGGGGACGCCGCUUGUUCAGACACUCAGGGCUGGAAGACCACCCAGCUGCUGUUCAGCCUCGGAGCCGUGUGUCUAGACAGUCGUAUCGGUCUGGACUGGGCGUGCACCGUGGCGGACAUUCUGCACACCCUGAACACCUGCCCCGAGUGGAGCGCCGUCAUCGCCGCCUUCACCGACCACUGCGUCCAGCAGCUGCCCCAGACUCUGAAACGAACCAACCUCUUCACCCUGCUGGUGCUGGUGGGCUUCCCCGAGGUGCUGUGUGUGGGAACCCAGACGGUGUUCAUCGACAACGCCAACGAACAGCACAACAUGAUCCUGCUGAAACACUUCACGGAGAAGAACCAUGCCGCUGUGGUCGACGUUAAAACGCGCAAGAGGAAAACAGUGAAGGAUUACCAGCUUAUCCAGUCUCAGGAUUCCACCACAACCAGUCUCCCAGCACAGCCAGCGAGUCACAGCUGCCAGAAAACUCUCCUGAGUCGCUACCUGAGCAAUUUCACAUCCAUCAUCAGCCACCUUUUACAGGCGAACCAGGAUAACGGUUUUCCUGACGCAGUGGAGGCUUCUUGGGUGCUCUCUCUGGCUCUCAAAGGACUCUACAACACGCUGAAGAAGCACGGCGUGGAGCACGCGCACGAGGCCAUCCAGCAGUCCGGCCUGACGCAGCUGCUGGUCAGGAAGUGCAGCAAGGGGACGGGCUUCAGCAAGCUGUGGCUGCUGCGGGACCUGGAGAUCCUCUCCAUCAUGCUGUACUCCUCCAAGAGGGAGAUCCACUCCAUGGCCCAAGACCCCGAGCGAGACCAAAGAGAGCAGGAGAAGGAGCACGACUCGGACCACUCCAGCUGUGGCGCAGACGACGCCGACACCAACAGGCCCGACCCCUUGGAAGGGCUCGAUGAGGAGACGAAGAUUUGCUUCCAGAUCACCCAUGAUGCCUUAAACGCUCCUCUGCCAAUUCUGCGCGCCAUGUAUGAGCUGCAGAUGAAGAGGACCGACUCCUUCUUCCUGGAGGUGCAGAAGAGGUUCGAUGGAGAGGAGAUUAAAACGGAUGAGACAAUCAGGACUCUUGCUCAGAAGUGGCAGCCAUCCAGGCGGCUCCGCUCCGAGGAGAGAAACACCAAAGCUGUGGACACUGACAUGAUAGUGAUUUCUUGCAUGUCUAAGCCCAGUCACUGUGAAAAAGCAACAGAGGAAAUCAACGUGGUGGCCCAGAAGCUCAUAACCAAUUCGGAGACCGACUUGCAGCUCAGCUACGCCAAACAGAGGCGCUCCAAAAGCUCAGCCCUGCUCCACAAGGAGCUGGACGUCCGCAGCAACCGGGCGGUCCGCCAGUACCUGGUGAAGGUCAACCAGGCCAUCGCCACGCUCUACGCCCGCCACGUCCUGGCCCUGCUGCUGGCUGACUGGCCCGCCGAGGCGCAGCUGAGCGAGGAGGCCCUGGAGCUGAACGGCGCCUCGCACAUGGCUUACAUCCUGGACAUGCUGAUGCAGCUGGAGGAGAGGCCGCUCUGGGAGAAGAUUCUGCAGAGGGUGCUGAAGGGCUGCAGCCAGAGCAUGCUGUCCAGUCUGUCGCUCACGGCUUGCCAGUUCAUGGAGGAGCCGGGCAUGGCCAUGCAGGCCAGAGAGUCCAAACACCCGUAUGACAACAACACCAACUUUGAGGACAAGGUUCACAUCCCUGGAGCCAUCUACCUGUCUGUAAAAUUUGACUCCCGCUGCUACACGGAGGAAGGCUGCGACGAGCUCAUCAUGUCCAGCAGCAGCGACUUCCUCCAGGACGUCCACAACUUCAGCGGGUCUCCCCAGAAGUGGUCCGACUUCGAGAUUCCUGGUGACACCCUGUAUUACAAGUUCAUGUCGGACAUGAGCAACACAGAGUGGGGAUACAAGUUCACCGUAACCGGAGGCCACAGGGGGCGCUUCCAGACAGGUUUUGAGAUACUCAAACAAAUGCUGGCCGACGUUCGAGUGCUCAGCCACCUGCCGUUGGCUGAUAUCUGGGAGUGGCAAGUGGGCGUGGCCUGUCGACAGACUGGAGGCCAGCGACUCAAAGCCGUCCACUUGUUGCUCCGUCUCCUGCAGUGUCCGAGCGAGACAGCCUGUGAGCUGAUGCUGCUGCGACCUCUGUGGCAGCUCUUCAUGUCCAUGGAAAACAACCUGAGCCAGGAUCCGACCAGUCUGUCCGUGCUGCUGCCUCUUCACAGAGCUCUCACCGAGCUCUUCUUCAUCGCAGAGGCCCGUGCCAUUAAACAAGGAAUCCUCCAGGAGUAUCUGCUGGCCAUGGCGACCGACGAGCAGCUCCUCCGCCACACCGCCAUGGCUCUGAAAAACAUCACCGCCAUCAGCCUGGCCAUCAGCUACCCCAAUAAAUCCACUAAGCUGCUCAACCUGGCCCCAUGAGAGAUUUCGCCGAAGAAAAACGUGGGAGAACGUCCCUGCGGGGAGACGCGCCCCGACCCCGCUGGUUGGUUUCACCGGAAAGUUGUGGGAGGAAACCGUCCCCCUCACCAUCCAGCGCAGGUCCACCCCUCGCUCCCCUUUGUCGCGUAUCCUCCCGUACUCUUCAAGAACAUCAGCCGAGGACCGGAGCACUUUCCACACUUCUUCACAAUCCUUUUUGCCUUAGAAGAAUUCAGUAUAUCAGCAUGUGCUUUCACAGAUAGUAGGACAGUUUGUUUGGGGUUUUGUUUUUUUGCUUUUCUUUUGUCCACCAUUUGAUGCUUUGCUAAAGGACAUGAAGUGUGCCAAAUUAGCAUACUUCACAGGGAAGUAUGUUCUGUUAUUUCCCUGCCUUUUUUAUCAUUAUUAUUAUUAUUAUUUCUUUCAGAGCAGCAGCUACUGUGGAUUACAAAGUUGAUCGUGGUGAAAAUGGGUCACCUUGGCAACUUGCAUGUCUCAGUAGACAUGUAGAGCAUCCUAAAAAUACUGCCCAGGACGUUGGAGUCUCAUUAGUCACCACAGAGUGAAGGAAGUGACCCACUCGCUUAAUCUGCUCGUUUCUUCAUUUCCCCCAUUUCUUUGACUUUCAUCGCUCUUUUUCUGGCGACCCUUCAUCAUCGUCAACCUCCUCUGUUUGUUACUGUACUUACAGGAACAAAUGACUGAACAGCACCAGUUCGGUUUGCAACCACAGACAUAAAAAGUUCUUGUAUGAUUAAUGCUUCUUUUUAAAAUUUGGGCGAUGUGGCUCUUGCCCAGGGUGCCACCACCAUCAAGGGGCGGCAACAGCCAAAAAUAAUCAGUUGAUUCGUAAGGAAGUUUUCCUGAAGGGCCUCUUCAAAUGUUGGCUCCUGGUGCCUCCCAGUGUUGUGCAAACUGUAAACAGAGAUAAAGUAACAAAUUCGUGUUGACGUUUGUAAAAUCUCUAUUCUGUCUGCAAAAACCCAAAAGAACUCACGUUGAACGCUUUCACCGGAGCGAACUCAAACCGAGACAAACGUGAAAUCUGCAACGUAUACAGAGAGAUGCAGAUUACAGAGCCUUUAACGCGCCGUUUUAAACGAUGAAACCGUAAUUUAUUAAAACCGUCCCAAAACGAGUCGGGUUGCAUCAACCUGUAAGAAACUCUGUUUUUUUUUGUUGUUUUUUUUAAAGUUGACUCCUAUUGGUUUGAGUCAAACCCCACUGCAACGUCACACAAUUACCACUGUAGUUGAUAAUGAUGAUAAAUUUACAGUUUCACCGAUUAACUGUUGUUUUAUGGAUUUGUUUUCUCGGCCGUGAUUCUUCGAGCGCAACAGAAAUGUGAAGCUUUGCUGUUGAUGGUAAAGGAAAAGCACGUGCGUAAAAACCCGUAUGUACAGCACGAGACCAUUCCUAACACAGAGGUCACGAUAGCAACGUAGAGUCUUUAUAUUAAAGUAUAAUCCCACUUUCAUUCACACUAACCCCCCCCACCGUGUCAACGUCACCACGUAGUCACGUUUGUCUGCGCAUUUACAGAUUUACUCUUGCGUUUCUCAAAUGAAACCAUUUUUUCGUCCGUAAUUUUAUGCCAAAGAAACGUCUCAUUUUGAGCCAUAAAAACAUCUCACAAGGAGCAACCGCUGCGAUUCGCUGGGGCGGCGGAAACAUUUACACAUCACUCAAGUUUUAUUUCUUUCCAGCUUCGAUUUUUUUUUUUUUUCUUUUUCGUUUCGCCUGUGGGCCCCCGGACAUGGGCCGCGGGACGGCUCGGUGGUUUGGUUUACGCAAACAUCAAUGAGGAGAGAAGAAGAAACGCGUGGCCUCCGUUUGGCUUCCGUGACGCCUCACCUAUCUAUGACGUGCCUAUGGUUCAAAGUGAAGCAAUCAUGAUUUAUUUUAUGUUAUGAAUUCUAUUUUAAAUAAUAAAUAUAUUGUUUAAUUCAAGCUUUUUGUAACUUUUUAGUUAUUUUGUUGGGUUUCUUUUUUUUUUAUUUUUUUGCAAUGAUGCUUGAUUUAAGGCUAACUAAUUUGAAUGUAAAUACCUGUGAAUAUCGGUUGCACAGAAUAAGGACUUUGAUAAUGACCGCGUUUAAAAAAAAUAGAGAGAGGGAGCAGAAAACUUUAUCUGACACAAACAGGUGGACACUUUGAAUCCAGUUUUGUAUGCACGGUGUUGUCAAACUUAAAACAAAAGAACUGCUCGGGUUGAAACGUGAUCCAUUUGUAAUAAAAAAAACAGAAGUGACUGAAAAAUGAAAA